UGUUAAUGUUUGGGUGUGUCGCACGGAGAGUGGGAGGGCCAAGUUUCAGGCAGAGUGCAGCACCUGUUGGUGUGUGAUUCAUAGCACAGUGUAUGAAGUGAAGGAGUGCACUGCGCCACGUCAGAGGAAAAAAUGCAAAGCAUGAGCCCCCCGGGAGGCCGCGUCCUCUCUGAGGACCAGUUCAGCUGCUCCAUCUGUCUGGAGGUGUUCGUGGAGCCCGUCUCCACACCCUGCGGCCACAGCUUCUGCAAGGCCUGCCUGCAGGGCUACUGGACCCACAGUAAGAAGUUCACCUGCCCCAUGUGCAAGAAGAGCUACUCCAGAAAACCCGAGAUGAGCGUCAACAGGGUCCUGGCUGAAAUCUCCUCCCAGUUCCAGGAGAUGAUGCAGGCCGGAGGAGCUGGAGGGGCCGUGGGGGCCAAGGGAGCCUUGCGGGGAUCCACCCUGAAUCUGAGCGCAGACAUGAGCCCCAGGGGCUCCGGUGCAGGGUCCGGCUCCGGGGAGUUUGCCCAAGCUGGGGAGGUUCCCUGUGAUGCCUGCAUUGGAAGGAAGGUGAAGGCGCUCAAGUCUUGUUUGAGCUGUCCUGGAUCAUUCUGUGAGGUUCACCUCAGACAUCAUAAAAAGGUGAAGUCUCUGACAUCUCAUCGUCUGAUCGAACCCACUUUCAACCUGGAGGAGAAGAUCUGUAAGAAACACGAACGUCUUCUGGAGGUCUACUGCCGCUCGGACCACUCCUGCAUCUGCACGGCCUGCGCCGAGACCACACACAAGUCCCACGACAUUGUCUCCGCUGACCACGAGUGGAAGAAGAAGAUGAGUAAUCUGGCUAAGAAGAGGUCGGAGCUCAAACAUUUGAUCAAGGAGAGAGCCAAGAAACUGGAGGAGAUCAAACAAUCCAUCAAAGUCAUCAAGGCCAGCUCUCAGAGGGAGCUGGAGGAGAGCUGGCAGGUGUAUGGCGAGCUGCAACGCAUUGUGGAGCAGAGUCAGGCGGAGUUGGUGGAGCUGAUCGCCACGAGGCAACGCGAGGCCGAGCGUCACGCUCAGGAACUGGCCCGAGGUCUGGAGAACGAACUCAGCCAACUUAGGAGGAGGAGCAACGAGCUGGAAGCCUACGCACAGACCCAGGACAAGGUGGUCUUCCUGCAGAACCUGGCGACGCUGGGACCCCCACCCGAGCCCACCGAUUGGUCGGCGGUCAGCAUCAACACUGACCUGUACCUGGGAACCAUCCGCUCCUCCGUCAGCAGCCUCAUGGACAAGUUCCAGGAGGAGCUCAAGAAACUGUACGGGAAAGAGCUCCGGAAGGUGCAGAACUAUUCGAGUGAGGUGAUUUUGGACGCUUCCACAGCCCAGAGGAACCUGGUGGUGUCCGACGACGGAGGCCAGGUGAGAUACGAAGAGCGUAAGAACGCCCACUCUGAGGGUCCCAAACGCUUCAGCCCCGCCCUCUUCGUCCUGGGCCUAGAGUGUCUCAGCUCUGGGCGACACUACUGGGAGGUGGAUGUGGGGCGCAAGAUGGCCUGGACGCUCGGCGUGGCCAGCGCCUCAGCCCACCGCAAGGGAGAGAUCAAGCUGAGUCCUGAGGGUGGGUACUGGUGCCUGUGGCUCAAGCGCGGCGAGGUGAAAGCUUUGGCAUCGUCCCGCCUCCCUCUACUGCUGCCGUCCCCGCCCACUAAAGUAGGAAUCUUCCUGGAUUUUGAAGGAGGCCAGGUUUCAUUCUAUGAUGUGAAGGCGCGUCUGCAUCUCUACACCUUCGUGGAUAACUUUAAAGAGAGCCUGUACCCAAUCUUCAGCCCGUGUCUGGCCCAUGAGGGGAAGAACACUGCUCCUCUGAUUAUAACCCCUGUCAAACACACCUGAGUCUGACAGCCAAUCAAAAGCCGCGAGACUCAGUCAGCAUUCAACUUGUAUAACAUCUUUAGGUGAAAAAAAAAGGUUAGUGCAAAGCGCAGAUACGUUUAAUUUUCAUUUAGAAAAUAAUGUUGUCCUUUUUAUUGGUCUUUUUUUUUUCUUCACAAUGGGCCAACUUUAUGACAUAUUGUUCUGCAAUGCCCUUUAUCUCAAACUACUCUUUUUAAUGAAAUAAAUGCAAAGGAAGUCAUUUUGCACAUCAAAACUACCCACUACAACACUUUUUCAUCAUAUGGGCACGUUAUUGCAUUUGCUCAAGUAAAACCAGGCUCAACACAGAUCCCAUGAAUGCCGCUGACCCACAGAGGGACUGUCGCAAAGCAAUGAAAUGUAAGCAUUGUGUUACCAGUGUGUGUUUAGAUCAGAGCAAAGCAAAAUGUGACAUGGAUGUUACUUUAUUGACACAUUGCAGUGAAAUGAAAUGCAUUUGCAAUUUGCUUACUACUAAAAGUAGCCAAUAGUUCCAUCUUACUGUACACUUACAUCACAAGUUGUAUAUCAAGUAAAUGGAUAUCUUGGACUAGAGGGGAUUGUAAAGACCAGCUUUGACAUGUGAUACUUAAUUUUUGCAGUCCUAGUUUAGUUGAGUUGAGUUUGUACUUCUGACAGUUUGUUCUUCUUUCUUUGUUAUAAGGCUAAUGAAACGUCACAUGACUAAAUGAGUAAAGAAAUAAUAGAUAUACAUUUACUGUCUAGAGGUUUAGGCUUGCCUGGGGGACCAAAUGAGAGGUUUUUGUACAUACUGUAGGAAUAUAACAUUGUUUGCAAAUGGCAUAUUUUAAAACUCUGUUUAUCCAAAACCAUGAAACUAUGUUCUGUAUUUUUAUAUCCAAUGUUUGCUUUUGUACCUUCUAUCUAAAAUUUCUCAAUAAAGAUGAUC